AGGUCCCUGUUAUCACCUUUCUCAUCCAGCUGUGACCAUGCUGGGUGCUACACUGGCACCCUGCCUGCUGAGUGGGACCUUCUCCCUGUGGUGUGGGACCUUUUCCUUACAGCUGGGACCUUCUCCCUGCCUAUGGGCAAGGAGACAAAACUGGGUGCUCUUCCCCCAUCGCCCAACUCUUGAGGAGCUCCAGUGAGGUUGAAUCCCUGCACCCACCACCAAAACCAGUCUGGCUUUCAUCACCAGCAAUGCUUGGCUAACCAGAACCCACCCCAGUAGGACUGGAGGCUGGUUUCUAAGUGGAGAACUUCACGCCCUGGCGCUGGGACAUGACGACCUUCAGCGGUGUGGUGUCAGGAUGGUGGUUUGAGAAAGUCACACCAUGGUAGCACCCUACACACCUUGCCAAAACCAGUUUAAACUUUAACUGGUGGAACUGGGAGCCAGCUCUGGGUGCUGAGGGACACCAGUGCCACGCAGCCUUUUUCAUCCCUCCUCCUCCAACACCUGAGGACCUUCUUCUUGUGGUUGGAACCUUUCUCCUCCUCGUGGUGGGACCUUCCUCGUCCUUGUGGUUGGAACUUUUCCCUUGUGGUUUGGACCUUCUUCUUGGUGGUCCUUAACCACAGCCACACCACACCAUGACCCUACCAUGGGUUCUGUUGCUGCUCAGUGAGGUCUUGGCACAAGAUUCAGCCACUCAAAACUGCCUCCUCCCUCCAACUGCCUUCAAUGCAGCUUUGGGGCAGCCAGCCAGCCAGUCCUCGGUCUUCCCCAACCUCAGCAUCGCUGCCAACGCAGUGGAUGGCAACCGGGACGGUGUCUGGCAGCAUGGCUCCUGCGCCAGGACCUUGGUGGAACCAGAGCCCUGGUGGAGCGUGGACCUGGGGGGACAGCGCGCAGUGGCUGCCGUGCUGGUGAAGAACCGGCAGGACUGCUGCUGGCAGCACCUGAGGGGGGCCCAGGUCCACAUUGGGGAUGCACCAGCAGAGCAGGGAAGGGACAACCCCAUCUGUGGCACCAUCACGGAUGCUGGGCCUGGUUCCCUCAGCACCAUUUGCUGCCAGGGACAACGCGGUCGCUUUGUCACUGUGCUGCUGCCAGGUCGGGAGGACACUUUGGUGCUGUGUGAGGUGGAGGUGAUCCUUCAGGGCUGCCUUCCCUUGCCUGGAGCCCUCAAUAUGGCUCUUGGCCGUGCUGUGGCACAGUCUUCCACUGUCAACACCGGUGGCUUGGCUGCCAACGCUGUGGAUGGCAACAGUGACGCCAGCUGGGACCAUGGCUCCUGUUCCCACACUGAGAAGGAACCAGAACCAUGGUGGAGGGUGGACCUCGGCCAGCGGCACUUUGUCUCUGCUGUCACCAUCACCAACCGCCGUGACUGCUGCUGGCAGAGUCUCCUUGGUGCCCAGGUCCAUGUUGGAGACUCCUUGGCUGAUCAUGGCAAGCGCAACCCUAUCUGUGGCACCAUCUUGGACACAGGGCCAGGUUCCACCAGCACCAUCUGCUGCAACGGGCUGCCAGGACGCUAUGUCACCAUCAUCAUCCCUGGCCGUGAUGAUGUCCUCGUCCUCUGCGAGGUGGAGGUGACAACACAGAGCUGUGCCCCCUCGCCUGGUGCCCAAAACCUGGCCCUGCGGCGCCCUGCGGUGCAAUCCUCCAGCAGCGGCCUCGCCGGCGGCGCCAUCAACGCCGUGGACGGAAGCAGGGACGGGCACUGGCAGCACGGCUCCUGCUCCCAAACCCAGCUAGAAGAGGAGCCAUGGUGGAGGGUGGAUCUCGGCCAGCGCCGCGCCGUGGCCGCCGUGCUAGUGAGGAACCGCCUGGACUGCUGCUGGCACCGGCUGAAGGGCGCCCAGGUCCACGUCGGUGAUUCCCUCGCUGGCCACGGCACCAACAACGCCCUCUGUGGCACCAUCACGGACACCAGCCCCGGCUCCACCAGCACCGUUUGCUGCCGUGGUCUUCGCGGUCGCUACGUGACCAUCACCGUGCCGGACCGAGAGGAGCAGCUCAGCCUCUGCGAGGUGGAGGUGGUGGAGGAAGGCUGCAGCGUGCUGCCAGGAGCCCAGAACGUGGCCCUGGGCCGCCCGGCCGCGCAGUCCUCGGUACUGGACCCCGGCAGCGGCGCCGGGAAGGCCGUGGACGGGAAUCGGGACAGCGAUUGGGAGCACGGCUCCUGCGCCCACACCGCCGAGGAGCCCGAGCCCUGGUGGCAUGUGGACCUCGGCCGCCGGCACAGCGUCUACGCCGUGCUGGUGCAGAACCGCCGCGACUGCUGCUGGCACCGGCUCAAGGGUGCCCAGGUCCACGUCGGCGAUUCGCUGGUCGACCACGGCCGCCGCAACCCCAUCUGUGGCACCAUCACGGACGCCGGCCCCGGUUCCCUCAUCACCGUUUGCUGCCGGGGCCUGCGCGGUCGCUUUGUCACCGUACUGCUGCCGGGCCGGGAGGACACCUUGGUGCUGUGUGAGGUGGAGGUGAUCCGCCAGAGCUGCGCACCGCUGCCAGGAGCUCCCAAUGUGGCACGGGACCAACGGGCAACUCAGUCCUCCACCUCCACCAGCUCCGGUGUGGCCACCAAGGCAGUGGAUGGCAACCGGGAUGGCAUCUGGCACCAUGGGUCCUGCAGCCACACACGGCGAGAGCAGGAGCCCUGGUGGAGCGUGGACCUGGGUGCCCGGCGUGCAGUGGCCACCGUGGUGGUGAAGAACCGGCAGGACUGCUGCUGGCAGCGCCUGAGGGGAGCCCAGGUCCACGUUGGGGAUGCGCCGGCAGAGCGGGGCAAGGAAAACCCCAUCUGCGGUACCAUCACAGAUGCCGGUCCAGGUUCUCUGACCACUCUCUGCUGCCACGGGCUGCCCGGACGCUACGUCACCAUCACCAUCCCCGAGCGGGAGGAAGCCUUGGCACUGUGUGAGGUUGAGGUCUACAGCAUCUUCCCAGAGCUAUGA